UAUUGUUGUUGUGACAUCGUCCAUCUUGCUGUUGAUAGAAUGUGUAAACGAGUUGAAUCACAGAAGAAAUCAUUUGCAAUCCAAGCCAUAAUGGCGGUAAAAGAUGACGAAUGUACAGUUUACGUCGGUUAAUUAAAAAAUAUGUACAAAUUGGAGCAUUCCUCGUGUUAUUUUCGCAUGUUUGUGUAUAAAAUAAUGUAAUUGAAUGUAGUUUUGUGAUUGUUUCGUUUUUGAUGAGGUUAAACUUAUUAUAAUUUUAAGGGCAUUCUUAUGAAGGGAUAUACGCAUUUUUGUCCCUUUUCCAAUUUUGUUUAUGCAGUAUUUUAAAGGUUUUUAUAGAGUAACGGUCGAACAAAAUGGAUCAACAAUUUUGCCUCCGAUGGAAUAACCAUCCGCACAACCUAACAGAUGUGUUAACAAGUUUGUUGAAACGUGAAGCGCUUUGCGAUGUAACUUUAGCUUGUGACGGUGAAACAUUUAAAGCACAUCAAACGAUUCUAUCGGCGUGUAGUCCGUAUUUUGAAUCCAUCUUCCUUCAGAAUACACAUCCGCAUCCAAUAAUAUUUCUUAAAGAUGUCAAUUAUAACGAAAUGAAAGCGCUACUUGACUUUAUGUAUAAAGGUGAAGUGAACGUAUCGCAAAACCUUCUCCCAAUGUUCCUAAAAACUGCCGAGGCGUUACAAAUUAGGGGCUUAACCGAUAAUAAUUCUUUAAACAAUAAAGACGAAACGACGGAAGUGCCAAAUCGAGAACGGGUUAUGCAACAAGAAUCUCCACCGAGUGAAAAACGGAAAAGAAAAUUCUCAAACAACUGUGAUAAUGAACGUUAUAACGAUACUCAGUUAAUAGUUACAAAUGUAAACAAACGUCAGUGA